AUGGCAAAAAAACUGUCUUCGCCCACAGCGACCAAAUUAAAAUCAGCUGCUUUGAAACAUAAUAAAACUUUAAAAGAUGAUGAUAAUGUAUUAACUUUAGAUCCAUUAGUUGAACCAUUGUUUCAAAAAGGCUAUAUUAGAGAAUAUUUAAUCACAACACCAACAACAACAUUAUUGAAGAAAAGACAAUUGAAAAAUAAAGAAUUAUUAUUCUUCAUUAUACCUUUAAUAGUUAUUUCAAUUUUUGUCAGAUUAUCUAAUUUGUCAAAUCCAAAUUCUGUUGUAUUUGACGAAGUUCAUUUUGGCGGAUUUGCUAAAAAGUAUAUUCUUGGUACUUAUUUUAUGGAUGUUCAUCCCCCAUUAGCUAAAAUGUUAUAUGCUGCAGUUGGAUCAUUAGGUGGUUUCAAAGGAGAUUUUGAUUUUAAAUCAAUUGGGGAUAAAUUUCCAGAUACUACUCCAUACGUAUUUAUGAGACAAUUUCCAGCUAUUUUAGGUAUUGGUACUGUUUUAUUAUGUUAUUUGACUUUAAGACAAAGUGGAGUUAGACCAAUUAUAGCAUUUAUUACUUCAUUAUUAUUAAUUAUUGAAAAUUCAAAUGUUACAAUUUCAAGAUAUAUUUUAUUAGAUUCCCCAUUAGUAUUUUUCAUUGCAAGUUCAAUUUAUGCAUUUAAAAAAUUUGAAAUUCAAAUUCCAUUUAGUGUUGGAUGGUUUAGAGCUUUAAUUGCAACUGGUAUUGCACUUGGUUUAGCUUUAAGUUCUAAAUGGGUUGGUUUAUUUACUGUUGCAUGGGUUGGAUGUUUAUGUUUAUAUCAAUUAUGGUUCUUAAUUGGUGAUUUAUCAGUUAACACCAAGAAAGUUUGGGCACAUUUCUUUUUAAGAGGUAUUUUAUUAUUAGGUAUUCCAUUGGCGUUAUAUUUUGGUUUUUUUGCUAUUCAUUUUAAAUUAUUGAAAAAUGAAGGUGAUGGUGCUGCUUUCAUGAGUUCAGCAUUUAGAGCUGGAUUGAAUGGGAAUAAAAUUCCAACUGAUAUUACUGCUGAAGUUGGCUUAGGUUCAGUUGUUACAAUUCGUCAUAUGGAUACUCAAGGUGGUUAUUUACAUUCACAUGAUCAUUUUUAUCCAACUGGUUCAAAACAACAACAAAUUACAUUAUAUCCCCAUUUGGAUUCAAAUAAUAAAUGGUUAAUUGAACCAUAUAAUGGUACUAUUCAUAAUAUAACAUUCGUUCCAUUAAUCAAUGGUAUGAAAAUUAGAUUAAAACAUUUAAAUACUGGUAGAAGAUUACAUUCACAUGAUGAAAAACCACCAGUUAGUGAACGUGAUUGGCAAAAAGAAGCUUCAUGUUAUGGAUAUGAAGGAUUUGAAGGUGAUGCGAAUGAUGAUUUUGUUGUUGAAAUUGUUAAUCAUAGAACUGAACCUGGUCAAGCACAAGCAUUUGUUAAAGCUUUAAAGACAGUCUUUAGAUUAAGACAUGCAAUGACUGGUCACUAUUUAUUCUCAAGUGAAGUUAAAUUACCAGAUUGGGGUUUUGGUCAACAAGAAGUUUCAACUGCUUCAUCAGGUAAAAGACAUUUAACACAUUGGUAUAUUGAAACAAAUGAAAAUAGUAUUUUACCAAAAUCUCAACAAACUAUUAUAAAUUAUCCAAAAUUAUCAUUAUGGAAGAAAUUUAUAGAAUCUCAUAGAAAAAUGUGGAAAAUUAAUUCAGGUUUAACUGAUCAUCAUCAUUGGCAAUCAUCACCAACUGAAUGGCCAUUUUUAUUAAGAGGUAUUAAUUAUUGGGGUAAUGAUCAUAAACAAGUUUAUUUAUUAGGUAAUGCAGUAACUUGGUGGUCAACAACUGCAAUUAUAUUUGCAUUUAUUAUUUACUCUGGUAUUUCAAUUUUAAAUUGGCAUUUGGGUGGUUCAAUCUCUACAAAUAAACAUGUUUUUAAUUUUAAUGUUCAAUUAUUUUCAUAUGUUUUAGGUUGGGGAUUACAUUAUUUACCAUUUUUUAUAAUGGGUAGACAAUUAUUUUUACAUCAUUAUUUACCAGCUUUAUAUUUUGGUAUAUUGGCAUUGGGACAAUUUUUUGAGUUAUUUACAAGUUAUUUAACUGCUCAAAAUAAGAUAGUUAAUAAAAUUGGAUAUUUUAUAUUGGCUGUUUUUGUUUCAUUAGGUUUUGUAUUUUAUUUGAAUUAUAGUUCCUUGAUUUAUGGUACUCCAUGGACUAAAUCAAGUUGUGAAUUAAGUAGACCAUUUUCAAGUUGGGAUUUUGAUUGUAACACGUUUUAUAAAUCAUUAGAUCAAUAUUUAAUUGAAGAAGAAUCUGCGUCUUCAAGUAAUAAACCAAGUAAGGAAACAGAAACUGUUAAAGCUGAAGCUAAACAAACUCCAAAAUCAAAACCUAAAUUAGCUAAAAAGGAACCACAUAUUGAAUCACCUCCAAAUCCAAAAAAAGCAGUAAAUCCAGAAAAAUUAAAUGAACAAUUAGCACCUCCAGCAAUCGAUGAUAAGAUUAAAACUCCAAAAAAAAGAUAA